UAACAAUAUUUUUUAUGAAUUGAUUGUGAAUAAUAUAUACAAGCGAUAAGUCCUUUCCAUUCAUCGUAUUCUUUAUGACAUGAUAUGAUUUGUGAUACUAUUGUCGCCACAAUUCUUGAGUGUCUCAGCAGUUCUUCGUCUCUUCGUAACAAAUGUAUGCCAAACAUUGACAGAGGAAUCAAAACUUUGAUAUCAACUCUACAUUCACUCAGUGUUUGGCAAAUAAAUAAAUAAAUGGAAAAAUGAGAUAAAUUACAAAACAAUACGAGAGCCAAGUGUUCGGCGAAACCAAAAGUUAUUAAUCGUAAGAGAAAGUGAUCGCAAAAUAUAGUGAUUAAUGAUAAUCGAUAGCCAACCAGAAGUGCGGACACAGAGAGCAAUGGGUUGUAGACUGACUGCAGCGGGUAUUAUGUGGACAAGUCUAUCAUUAGCAGCUGCUAUACUGAACUGCACGGGCUAUUACGUGCCGUAUUGGCUCAGGGGAUCCUAUCAUAACGCCAUCGAUGUCUCAUUUGGUUCGUUCAGACGCUGUAAUUAUCCCCGACUCACAGAUGAGGGCAAAAUUGAGAUCAUCAACCAAUGCGGUCGAUAUCGCACUUUCGCUGACAUACCAUCCCUUCCCUGGCAGCGGCGCUUUCCUUAUUAGUGGCGUUUACUGUAUUGGCCUCUUGUUGUCUAUCGGAUGUGAUCACUAAAAGUACGGCAAAAGCUUUGGGAAUCAUUCAAUUGAUUGGAGCUCUACUGAUGGCGUCGGGAGGAAUCGUAUACCCCUAUGGCUGGACCAGUCCUGAAGUGAGGGACGCCUGCGGGGGUCUCUCCGAUGUCUAUAAACUGGGCACAUGUGAGCUCUCCUGGUCCUCAUAUAUGAUGAUCUCUGGCGUUGUUUUUCUAUUUAUUUGUUUUGUACUCUCAUUCAAAGCCAGUAAAGUUAAACUCAGACCUUAUAUAACAUAAAUCAUUUGAACGGUUCACUUGUUUUUUAGCC